UUGGUGCGAGGGAACUCUUCCCACCGACAUCAGCGGAGCGUUCAGUUUCAGUCGUCAGCCCGUUUCCCGCCAGCCGCAAACGUAAUCAUGGUUGACUUGAUGGAGUUGCCCAAGGCCCGCGUCAACGCCAGCAUGCUAGCUCAGUUCAUCGACCGGCCAGUCUGCUUCGUAGGAAGACUGGAAAAGAUUCAUCCCACUGGAAAGAUGUUUAUUCUUUCAGAUGGAGAAGGGAAAAAUGGAACCAUUGAGUUGAUGGAGCCACUUGAUGAAGAAAUUUCUGGAAUCGUGGAAGUAGUUGGCAGAGUAACAGCAAAAGCAACCAUCAUGUGUGCAUCUUAUGUUCAGUUUAAAGAAGAUAACAAUCCUUUUGAUCUUGGACUUUAUAAUGAAGCUGUGAAAAUUACCCAGGAGUUCCCUCAGUUUUUUCCUUUAGGGGUUGUACAGCAUGAUUGAUCUUAAUGAAUUUUCUUGUGAUUGCAAGUGGUUAUGGUGAAGACUAUUAAAGGAGGCCCCACUCAUGAAGAGACUCCUAUGAUUUCUAAUAUUUAAUUUGCUCCAAUUAAAUUUUCAUUUACUGAACUUUAGACAUUCUAAUCUUCAUUUUUUGUUAGAACUGGUAUGUUGACUGUUCUCACCCAAGUCCUUUUAUAAAACUAUUGCCACUGCAGUAUAUGGUCAGAUAAAAGAUCAAAGCAGUUGCCUUGCAUCUAAGUUUCUAUUUUAUUAAUAAAAAAUUAAAAUAGUGCA